AUGGCCUUGAAUUCCCAGCGACGCACCUCCGAGGGGCUCAAUGGCGACGAGAUUGUCCAGCAGCGACAAGCCAGAGCCAUUGGCUCUUCGCCAACUACUGAAGAACCUCGUGCCUCGUUUUCGGGAGAAACGGAACAAGAACGAGACGACCGCGAAGUGGCCGAGAAACUCGAGCAAAAGCGCCUGGAACACGAACGCCUGCGUAUCAAGAAGAGAGAGCUCUUUGAGCAACAGAUGCAGCAAUUGGAGAUUCAGCAGCUUCAGGAGGAGCAGGCCAUGUUGGCGGCCAAGAGUAACGGAUCAUCCUCGGGCCUCAACAAGCCAAAACUCGGCUCAUUCUCAGGACCACCCGAUGUUGCCGCCAACCUGCGCUCUCUCCCUGCGUCGAGACGCAACUCGAACGAUGCAGUUGACCUGUGGGGCGAGAUGGAAAAGAUGUCGAUUGGCGAUAGACAAAAGUCUUCUGUUGACAGUCUGCCCAAGAUUGGUCGAUCAGGAUCGGGAAGGGACGUCAGCUCCUCGCCCUCAGAGUCGACCUUUGACGACAAUGCUCACUUGUCCCAGUACACCGAGCGCUUCAUCUUUGAGGACGAUCAUGACAACAGCAGCAGCCGUUUGCCCUCGCUUCAGAUGAACAGGGUCUUGCACGACGACGGCAUUUGGAAGGACAAGCAGGGACUCGGCGUCGGACCCUCUGCCCUCGGAAGCAGCAGUUCUUACCUGCAGCGCUACCUCAUGGGCAAUGAUGACGACAGCUUCCCCACCAUGCUGUCGACGUCUUCCAGUGCAUUGGAUCUUGCCAAGAUCCCUCACUCCUCUGGACUGCGUCACCCUGGUGGACACGACUCGGGACGGACCUCGGAAUGGCCCCAGUACAACAACAAACCCUUGGCAGAUCGCAUUCCCACCGCACCCCAUAUGCCCCAGCGCACUAACAGUCUCGCCGGCUAUGGUCUCACCAACAACCCCGAGGAGUCGCUCAAGUCGGCCCUCCCCAAGCUCACCUCUUCGUACUCGACCUCGGAGAUUCCCACCCGCUUCGGCAAGGGACCUCUGUCGGCCUUUGAUGAUUUGAGCGAGGCUGAGCGCCACCAGGGCUUGAUGAUGAAGUCCGAUAUUGUUUCAGGAGAGGUGUGCUUGCAGUUUCAACAGCAGGGCUACUGCCCUCGUGGAGAUCUCUGCAACUAUCUUCACACCCACGCUCUUCCUGGACCUGCCCGCUCCGCUGCUGGAAUGCCCCUGAGCCCAGGUUUGGGUAUGACUGUCGGAACAAUGGCUGGAUCGGCAACCUUUUACGCACGCGCCAACACCUCGGUCGCUGGUGGAUCCACCAGCUCUUUGGUCAACGGCACCGCCUUCCCCUUCACCGUGACCCCCAACGGCUUCAGCAACCCCGCCACAGGAUCGAACAACUUGCUUCGCAUGCAGCAACAGCAACAACAACAGCAGCAACAGCAGCAGCAGCAGCAGCAGCAGCAGCAGCAGCAGCAGCAACAGCAACAGCAGCAACAGCAGCAACAGCAGCAACAGCAACAGCAGACUCAGCAACAACAGCAGCAGACCUCCAACAGCAUUGCUCUGGCCAACAAGGCCAACCAGAAGCGACCCGUUGUAGAUGUUGAGGCUAACCGAUUUGCCGGCGCUGCUCUGGAGGGCUUUGUCGGACAGAUCUACUCGCUUUGCAAGGACCAGCAUGGAUGCCGCUACCUUCAGAAGAAAUUGGAGGAACAGAAUGACAAGUAUCUCUCCGUUAUCUUUGGCGAAGUCUUUGGCCACUUUAUCGAGCUUAUGACCGAUCCGUUUGGCAACUAUCUGUGCCAAAAGUUGCUGGAGUUUUGCGGUGACGAGCAGCGCACCAUCAUUGUUGAGAAUGUUGCACCCGAGUUGGUCAACAUUUCCUUGAACAUGCACGGCACCCGUGCUGUCCAAAAGAUGAUUGAGUUCCUGUCGACCCCUCAGCAGAUUGCCAUUGUCGUUGUUGCGCUGAACCCCAGCGUCGUCACGUUGAUCAAGGACCUCAACGGCAACCAUGUUAUCCAAAAGUGCCUGAACCGCUUUGCUUCGGAGGAUAACCAGUUCAUCUACAACGCUAUUAGUGCUCACUGUGUUGAGGUUGCUACUCACCGCCAUGGAUGCUGUGUCUUGCAGAGGUGCAUUGACCACGCCUCGGUCUCCCAAAAGAUUCAGUUGGUGCGCGAGAUUACCUACAACGCGUUGACCCUUGUUCAGGAUCCCUAUGGCAACUAUGUUGUCCAGUAUGUCUUGGAUCUAGCCGACAAUCGCUUCACCGAUGCUCUCAUCCGCCGCUUCAUCGGCAACGUCUGUGCCCUUUCCGUCCAAAAGUUCAGUUCCAACGUCAUGGAGAAGUGCAUUCGCGUGGCUGAGCCCGAUACGCGCAAGUUUUUGAUUGAGGAGAUGAUCAACAAGACGCGCUUGGACAAGUUGUUGCGGGACUCGUACGCCAACUAUGUGGUUCAGACCUCGCUCGACUUUGCGGACCCGAUUCAGCGCACGUUAUUGGUCGAGUGCAUUCGCCCCUUGUUGCCUGCGAUCCGCAACACACCCUACGGCAAGCGUAUCCAGGGCAAGCUCCACCGUGACCAGAUGUCGGGUGUCAACAACUCGAUGGCGCACCUCGGUAUGGGCGGUGGUAUGGGCUUGAACGGCGGCAUGGGCAACAUGAACAACAACAUGGCGGUGAUGAAUGGUAUGGGAGGUAUGAACAGCGCUAUGGGUAUGGCUGGAAUGAAUGGCAUGAACGGCAUGCCCAACCACGGACACAACAUGGGCAUGAACAACAUGGGCAUGAACGGCGGCAUGGGAGGUUUGAACGGCGGUAUGAACGGAGGUAUGAACGGAGGUAUGCCAAUGGCCAAUAUGGGAGGCAUGAAUGGCGCUAUGAAUGGCGCGAUGAACGGCGCGAUGAACGGCGCGAUGAACGGAGGCAUGAAUGGAGGCAUGAACGGGAUGAACGUCAACGGCAACAUGAACGCCAACAUGAACGGCAACAUGAUGGGCUUUGGCUUUCCCGGUAUGAACAACCACUUUGGAAACGUUGGGAUGAUCGGCAUGAACGAUUACAACCCCUACGGAUACAUGUAA